AUGUCACUGCGAUGUAUCGCCGAUGUCUACCAUAACUCCUACAACCAAGGCAACCACAGCGCCCCUCCGCCGCCGCCCAGCGAACCCGUCAGCUUCGGCCAAGGCGCGCCGCAGGGUUACAACUUCCAGUACUCGCGCUGCACGGGCAAGAGAAAGGCGUUGCUGAUCGGUAUCAACUACUUCAACCAGAAGGGCCAGCUGCGCGGAUGUAUCAACGAUGUCAAGAACAUGUCCACCUACCUAAACCAGAACUUUGGUUACGCUCGCGAAGACAUGGUCCUCCUGACGGAUGAUCAACAAAACCCCAUGAGUCAACCCACCAAGGCUAACAUCCUUCGGGCUAUGCACUGGCUCGUCAAGGAUGCCCAGCCGAACGAUUCGCUCUUCUUCCACUAUUCUGCAGGACACGGUGGACAGACGCCUGACCUUGACGGCGACGAAGACGACGGAUACGACGAAGUUAUCUACCCGGUCGAUUUCCGGGCUGCCGGCCACAUUGUUGACGAUGAGAUGCACCGAAUCAUGGUCAAACCGCUGCAGCCGGGUGUCCGACUGACGGCUAUCUUCGACUCCUGCCACUCGGGUUCCGCACUCGACCUGCCCUACAUCUACUCGACCCAGGGUAUCCUCAAGGAACCCAACUUGGCCAAGGAGGCGGGCCAGGGCCUGCUGGGUGUGGUUUCGGCUUACGCGCGUGGCGACAUGAGCGGCAUGAUGUCGACGGCCGUUGGGUUUUUCAAGAAGGCGACCAAGGGCGACGAGGCGUACGAGCGCACCAUCCAGACCAAGACCAGUCCAGCCGACGUUAUCAUGUGGUCCGGCAGCAAGGACGACCAGACCAGUCAGGACGCCCAGAUCGCCGGCCAGGCUACCGGCGCCAUGUCCUGGGCCUUUAUCAGCGCGCUUCGCAAGAACCCGCAGCAGAGUUACGUCCAGCUGCUGAACAGCAUCCGAGACGAGUUGUCCACCAAGUAUACGCAGAAGCCGCAGCUGAGCUGCAGCCAUCCCUUGGGUAAGCAGUCGCCUGUCGCUUCGUGA